GAGAGAAACUGGGACAUUUUACAAGCUGCUUCAAAAGUGGGAUGACAGAGGAUUAACCAGGUUUUCCAAAUCAGGAUAAUUAGAGGAUACAGUAUUGUGCUUUUGUGGACAUUCUCAAAUACUGAGUAUGAAAAAUUAAUAUUCCCAACUGCUUUUGUUAUGAUUUUAUUUAUUCCUUUUAAUAUUUUUAUAUUCUUCUAUACUUUUCUUCAACAAAAUAUUUUAACAAAAUUCCUUGGUGGUGAAGACAUUAUAUUAAGAGCCCAAUAUGUUAAUAAUAUGAUUUUGAACCUGACCUGACACCAUCUUGUCAACUAAUGUAAUUCUUUUAGGAAAGAUGAUAUCAUGCUUAUGAUGGCCUGCCCUAUCUAGCAUCCUAAAUGCUGAAUUCUGCUCUACCUGCAUUUUCAAGGGAGGUAUCUUAUUACAUCCAAGCUACGGAAAUAAUCCAAGGAGACUCUACUUUAACUGCAGCUCAGUGCUAUGGAAUCUGUAAUUUUCUGAGACAUUUAGCCUUCUCUGUCAGAGGGCUCUGUUGCCACAACAAACUACAAUCCCCAGAAUUUCUUACCUUUGAGCCAUGGCAGUUAAAGUGGUGUCAGCCUGGAUUAUUUCUACAAUGCAGAUGCAGCCAUACAGACAGUAAUAGCAUAAGGAGUAGCUUGUCAUUCUGGUAGAUCUUCCUAACAAGAGCUGAUGGCUAUUUGGAAUAUAUAGUUCUUCUUCUUCCCACCGACAUCCAUUGGAAUCUCUGUACAAUAAAAGUGGAAGUUCUGUGCUCUUAAACAUCUGCCCUUCCCCACCCUUGCCAGACAGAAAAUAGUUUCUGAAGCAGAGAUAAUACUUUUAUUUGAAUGUGGAACCAAAGCCAAUGCUGUAUAGAUUGCAAAACUGGAGUUAGUUGGAGACUGAUAGCACUGUAAGAAGAGAGUAGUGAGUACAAAAUACAAGACUUGAAUAAACUAGAAAAUGGGAUAAUUGCAGACAACCAGCUCAGAAGCCAUGACUCAAUUCAGAUAUGCUGCUGCUUCUUCGUUCUGUGCUGUUUGUCUGGUAUUCUCCCUUCCCUCCAUUCUGAAGGAACAAGCUGGAGUUGAAUGUUUUGUAUGUUUAUAUCUUUGCCAAAAGCCUGGCAGCCCGGAAGGACAGGAUUGGUUUCCAGCUUGUUUAUGUCGUUUCAAAGUCAGGCGAUGCUCACAUUGCACUAGAGCAUGCAGUUAAUCCAAUGAAUUGUCAAAGUGAUGAAACAACUCUCCCCUUCAACAUGCAUGUGAUGUGAAUAACCCUGGAAUGCAAAGUCCUUUCAAAAGAGGCUUGGCUAGAGAAGAUCACCUCCUUUCUGGAACAAGAAAACCCAAUUUAGGGAUUUAAAAAAAAUGUUUGCUCUGGUGCAGUAUAAUUCAGAUGUGUAACUACACACAUUUUUGCUGAAGACUUCUAGAGAUUCUUUCGCCUUUCCAGAACAAAAUUAGCAAGAUGAUUGACCUAAGCUUUCUUACCGAUGAGGAGCAGGAGGCGAUCCUGAAGGUACUCCAGAGAGAUGCAGAUCUGAAGAGAGCUGAAGAGGAAAGAAUCAGGCACUUACCUGAAAAGAUUAAGGAUGACAGCCAAGUCAAGAACAUGAGCGGACAGUGGUUUUAUGAAGUCAAGUCCAAGAGGCACCGAGAGAAAAUUAAUGGAGCGGAUAUCAUCCGGGCAUCAAUCAGGAGGAAGCCUUUGAAAACAGCAUUUCACAGACUCAUCUCCAGUGUCACUUCUUUCCCAGUGAAAUCACAGUUUAAAAGUGGUGUGAAUCCCAAGGUACUCAUUGCAAGUUCUAACACAUUACAGAAGCCCCGAGAAGAUACAAGAAAGGCAGCUGUCUCGCCAUCUAAUCAAAGAAAAAAUCCAUUUAAUGACUCAACACUUCUUGAAGACAAUAUGAAAACUGAGCAACCUGAAAACAGAAUGACUGGUUUAUCAGAAGGAUCAGACAAAGACACACACUUGCCUUCAGUAGAAAACCAACCCAGAGUAACCUUAACAAACCACAGCAGGUUAGAAGGGCCAGAGCAGGCUCCCGCAGGACUGGAUAAGUUGCAGAUACAGGCAGGAAAGCCUCCGGUGCCAAAAGCCAGGAAAAACAUCCAUAAGACAUCAGAUGUCAGUUUGUCAAGUGAAGAUUCAUUUUCCAAAUCAUCAAGAAGACUCAAGCAGGCUAACGGCCAAGGGACACCACCCAGGGGGAUCUUGAAACGCAGUUCAAGUUCAAGCUCCACAGAUUCCGAAGUGCUCCGUGUGAACCAAACUUUAGAUCCCCCCAGUAAAAGUGGAUUGCCGCCCUCAGCUAUACUUGAAGAUGUUGCAGAGAAAGAUGCUACUCCUGCUGCAGAACUGGAAGGAUUCUCCCAAAACUCAUUGGAAAGACUAAAGCAAGUCAGGUUCUCCUCCAGUGUAAGUAGGAAAGAACGUCCGCAGAGCCUGGAGUUGCAAGAGGGCAAAGAAUCUGGGGAAUUCACAUUGUUAGAUUCUGACUAUGUCAAGACCAGUGACAACCCUGUGGAUGGCUUAGAUGUACUUCAGAAUGGGGAAACUCAGCCAGCAAAGCCUCCUCGGUCCCAUUUUCCAGCUCUAAAUGAUAACAUUGAGGACAGAGGAGUAUCCCAAGAAGAGGAAACAGCUCUAAGCUCUUACAAUGCUAACAGUUCAGAUCCCUCACAACCCGUGCAAAGCCCCAUUGUGAAACCUAUACUUCCAAGCGAAUCUCCUGGCAAGAUCCUUCCCAGGCCUGGGGAAGAACAAACUGCUGAUAUGCAAAUCAAAACUAAACAUCUGAGCCCUGAGCCAGACACCAUCUCCAAAAGCACAACUGGCCAGCAGUUGCCUUUGGCUACAAAAGAAGAGCCUCAAGCACCAAAAGUUGGCUCUGCAGACCUUGAACAAGGUAAGCCUGCACUUGUUGAAGGUCAGAGUGCUAAAACCACUUCUAAACCUGACAAACAUGCUGUUGAGAUAUUGAAGGCAGCUGAUGAGUCCAUAUCAAAAGUAUUAGACUGGUUUAAAAGAAGUUCCAGUACGUCCAGUAAUGAAACCAUUUUGUUAAGCCCUCAGGAGAGGGAACUUGCAGAGGAGAUGGACAAGUCAAGAGGGUUGCCUGUAACUAGAGAAGAUGACAGAUUGAGUACCAUUGUGUUAAAUAGAGAUUCUUCCACAUAUGAAAAGGAAGAGCCAACUAACAAGGACUAUGACUUCCAUGCAGUUGUAAACCAACCAGACCAAUUAUCAUUUGCAGAGAUUGGAAGCCCAAUCAGCCUAUUAGUAAGAGAACAAAAAGAUUAUAAUCAAAGCAACCAAGGCUCUAACAACCAAGGGCAGGACAUUCAUAUCAGACCAUAUCUCCAGACCAUUGAUCAGGGUUUGAACGAGACCAAGGGAACUGGUUUGGGAGCUGAACACAAAACAGAAGUGGAAACCCCUUCACACAGCGAACUGGAGCCAUUUCAGGAUAACAAAAUGAAGCUGGAUUUGAAGAGUUUUGAUUCUUCCGUAAAAAGGAAAAAGAAUACACAUGCAUACACUGAUGGAGAAAGAGAUGUUAAAUCUCUCUUGGAAGAGCAUCAGCCUAGAGAAUCUGAAGGAAAACGAUCUGAAUUUCUAAAUGGGGUAAACAUGCAACAUGCCAACAGAGGGAAUCUUUCUGUUGUGCAGGAGCAAGAAUCCAAGCAAUCAUCUCUGACAGGAUAUAAAAAAAGAGUCAAGGACAUCAAGGCUUUUUGGGAAGGAGAGAAAAUUACCCAGCAGGCUGCAAAUAAGGAAGAUCUAGUAACUGGAGGCAGAACUGUAAGUAACACAGUACUGAAUGAUAAAAAGGAAUCCAGUACAGCAAAACAAAUGGGUGGAUCAUCAGGCUAUGUUACAGGUGAAUCUGACAAUGAACAAAGCAAGUAUAGUAAAGUUACCUUUCGAAAAAUUGAAUUAAGUGAUGAUGACACUGAACCUAAAAAUAAUGACUUUAAGCUGUCUUCAGAAAAAAUGAAACCAAGCCCAAUGGAUAACUCCAAAAGAAGCCAUUUUGUUGAUAGAUCUGCCAAAACACUUCCAAGUGAACAGAAGUAUAAUGAAUUUACAGAACAGCUGGGUAGAGAGAAUUUGCAGCUAAGACACAAGGAAGUGUCCUUUUCUAAAGGUGAUGGAGGUUUACAGGCUGGUGCCCUGCAACAGAAACAUCAUUUUAAAAUUCAUUCUUUAAAAGAAAAAAUAGAUGAAGAAUCCAGGGCCCAGAUGCUCAACCCUUCACAGUUUCAAAGUCUAAGAAGUUUUUGGGGUGCAGGAACUAAGCCAAUGAGCAAGACGGAUGAGGAAAAGGUGAAGACAAUUAUCCCGAGGAAUAGAAACCGUAGUACGGGAAGUUAUCAGAAGGAGUCAGAGGAGUUAAAAAAAGUUAGAGUAGAAAAUAGCCAGGCAGUUUGGGAAGGUGAACAGCAAAAACCAAUCUUCAUAGAAAAAAGACUGGAGGAACCAAAUGCAAAGGUUUCACCUGUAAAUGUCUUAGAAACAAGCCAGGUGUUUCCAAACAAAGCAAGACAACCAGCUCUUUUGCCAUCAGUAGAUGCUGUGCCAAUGGGAAGUUUAGAAUUUGCUUUACCAGAGGCUGACUACUCAAAGGCUCCACAACAUAAUAGGAUGGUUCUUGCAGACACAGAUAGAAAAGAUGAAGUUACAGGAAGUGAAGUAAUAGAGACUGUAAACAGAACUUUGGUGCCAUCAAAACAUGAUGCUGAUAUCUUCAACAUCAGCUUGGAAAGGUUGCUGAAGGAAAUCUCUGGUGUGAAAACUUCUUCCAGUCAUCCUACAAUGAUGGAUGUUUCUGACCAAGCUGUUUCUCUAUCACAGAAGAGCCCUUUUUUUAGUAAGGUGAUGGAACUCAGCCAUGGUUCUUAUCCUGGUAGUCAAUAUAAGAGUGGGUUAGGUCCACAGGGAAUGGAAGGAGUUGUACAAAAACAUGACUUGCAGAAAGAUCAAUCUGCUGAAUUUAAAAGAGGCACAGGGAGUUUGCCUGCAACAAUAGAAGAAUCGAGUUCAUUACCUGGGAGAGCUUCUAACAUGGAGGAAGAUGGAGUUCAUCAAGAUGAUAUUCCUUCUCAGAAAAAAGUCUUUGAGAUCCCAUCACUCAAACUUAUACUACCUGAUGCUUCUCUUGUUGCUCAGAACAGAGCAAACUCUCCUACUGAAGAGGUUUCUGAGACAGUGACAGGGAUUAAUAUUCCAUCAACCAGAAAAUGCAGUGAUUUGAAUGCCAGACUAGUCUCCCUUCUUAAAGAAUCACCAGAAAUGCCUUGCAUUUCAGCAUCUACUCAGAAUAUUCUAAAAAAACAAUUUGACCAUAUUGCUGAAGAGGACCAGCAAAGGUCUUGUAAGAAAGUGUCUGAAAAAAGUAUUCCUGUUUCAACCCAAAUGGCCAAUUCUCCACAAGACUCCAUCACUGAGGCAACUGAGGGAAGCAGAGAUGCUCAUGAAGUUGGUGGCAGUGAAAUGGCUAUAGUGCUGAGUGAACCAACCAAAGAGGCCACUCUCUUGUUGCCAUUAAGAAACCAGAAAAAUGUGGAAGCUGAAACUUAUGCUUCUUCUAUUGACAAGCAACCUAAGGAUGUAGCAGAGAUAGUGGUAAACACGAUUAAAUCAAAUGCCUAUGAUCUUGCAGCAUUUAGAGCCAAUUUAAGCAAACUGCUCAAAGAGGAUUCAGAAGACAGAGAGGUCCUUAUAUCAACUAAUGCCCCAUUGUCAACCCACAUGCAAUCAGUUUUUGGCAAAGAUGGACCAUAUCAUCAAGAAAUAAUUGAAAUAGUAGAAAAGGCUGCUGUUCCCUCCAAUUCCAGACAGGUGGGACUUAAAGCACACUUCCAAAAACUGCUCAAGGAAGACUCUGAAAUCCAACCUGAAGACCAGAAAAAUAUAGAUAAUAGCACUAGAGCGCGAAUGGAGAGGGAAUCUAAUCAGAAUGUACGUUUGGUUUGUCAACAGCAAAUGAACCAAGAAGUCAAUGAAUCUGUAAACAAAACUGUUGUUCCAUCUAAGGUGAAGCAAAGAGAAUUUCAUACUGGCUUACAGAAAUUGCUUGAAGAAGCUGGCCAGAUGCCACCUGCCCAGUUGGGAUGUUUAGAUGCCAAAAUAAAAGAGAACAUGCAGGUUAGGCAUAGUUUAGAAAGCAUGAUGGACCUUCCUCAAGAAGCAGAUGAAAAUGUAAUAAAAUCUAUUGCACCAGGAAAAGAUGAUGAUAUAUUCAAAUCCAUCUUAGAAAAGUUACUUAGGGAACACGCUGAUGCUACUUCACAGUCAUCCAUGGAAGUUCAUGACAACUCAACAUUUCGAUUAGAAAAGCAAAGCUCAUCUGUAAAACUGUCAGCACCCAUUACGAGUGUGUCAAGUGACUAUCGCACUGAGGUUAAAAUACCACUCAAGGGUAAAUCUUUCAAACAAGAUAACCAAACUAUAGAGGUAGCAAAGGUUUCUGGAGUCCCAGAAACGUCUGUGGUUUUCCAGAAAACUGCCCAUGUUAAUCUUGCAUCCAGUGGAGCCCAACCUCUCGAAAAAGGGGAAGAUUCUCCCACCCAUUCCAGGACAGAUGAGAGCAAGCAGAAAUAUGAAAGAGAGAGAGAAGAUAGGGUUUCCAGGCCAAGUGCUUCCUUGGAGGAUGGGAAUGAAAUAGUGACAGUAAUGCCUGGAUCCCAGAGGUCAAGCACCCCACUUUUACAAAAGGACAAUUCUCCCCAAAUAAGUAAAGUGGAGCUGCUUCUUGCUUCCCCAAAUGCUGAUGACAGUGAAGAUGAUUAUGAAGAUGCCAGGAGCUUUGGAUCAGAUCUCUCUGAUGAAAACAACAGUUCCUUUGUCCGAAUCCAAAGAAGUAGAAUACGUUCGGAAGAAGGACUAAACCCUGUUAUGGAAGCUUUGAAAAGGAGUUCAAAUAGGGAAAUUCCUUCCAAAAGUCUAGAGGACAUACCAUCAGCCACAUCAAAUGAAGGAAAAGUAAACUUUCCAAGGGAAGACUUAAUUCUUAGUGCUGAAGAUGACCAGAAAAUAGAUCAACCACAUGAGACACAUGAAAAUGCCUCAGGAAUUUCCACAGCACCUUCAUUCCCCAAUAACAAUUUCUCGCAUCCAGAAAAAGUCAAACAGAUGAGUAAAUCGGUUCCAGCAUUUCUUCAGGAUGAAAGUGAUGACAGAGAGACAGAUACAGCAUCAGACAGCAGUUACCCACUUGGCAGAAUCAAGAAGAGCCCCAGUUCGCUAACCAAUCUUAGUGGCUCUUCUGGCUUGGCGUCCUUGUCUUCUGUGAGCACUAGUGUGAUGAGUGUCUACAGUGGAGAUUUUGGCAAUGUGGAUGUGAAAGGUAAUAUCCAGUUUGCCAUUGAUUAUGUGGAUCAGCUGAAGGAGUUCCAUAUUUUUAUUGCUCAAGGCAAGGACCUGGCAGUUGCAGAUGUUAAGAAGCAACGUUCUGAUCCGUAUGUGAAGAGUUACUUGCUACCAGAAAAGAACAGACUGGGCAAAAGAAAGACAUCUGUGAAGAAGAAAACACUGAAUCCUGUCUAUAAUGAGAUCUUACGGUAUAAAGUUGACAAGGAACUUUUGGCAACCCAGAAGUUGAAUAUUUCCGUUUGGCACAAUGAUACUUUUGGACGUAAUAGUUUCUUGGGCGAAGUGGAGCUGGACUUGAGAAAUUGGGACUGGAAUGAGAAGCAGAACAGACAGAUGAACUGGUACCCACUUAAACCUAGAACUCCACUAUCUGCUCUUGAACUAGAGAACAGAGGCGAGAUAAAGAUUGCUCUCCAGUACAUUCCACAGCCUGCUGGGGGUAAAAAGACUCCAACCACUGGAGAAGUUCACAUUUGGGUGAAGGAAUGCAACGAUCUCCCAAUCCUCAGGGGCAAUAGACUCAACUCCUUUGUUAAAUGCACUAUUCUUCCAGAUACAAGUAGAAAAAGCCGUCAGAAAACAAGAGCUGUGCCAAAGACGACAAACCCAGUGUUCAACCAUACAAUGGUCUAUGAUGGCUUCCGGCCUGAAGACCUGAAAGAAGCUUGUGUAGAACUCACUGUCUGGGACCACAACAAACUAGCAAAUCACUUCCUGGGAGGCCUCAGAAUAGGGCUUGGAACAGGUAAAAGCUAUGGUACACCUGUAGACUGGAUGGACUCUACAUUAGAUGAAGCCAGCUUAUGGGAGAGGAUGAUUGAUACGCCAAACACGUGGGUAGAAGACACACUGCCACUCAGGAUGCUCACAAUGACAAAAAAUGACAAAAUAGCAUGAUGUUUUGGUUGGUCACUAGUAGUUUGUGUGGCUUGCUGGAGUUUGAAUGGUGAAAAGAGCCAGGCAGAAAUAAAAGAGAUAAACUUGAAGGGCAAACUUUUUGCUCUGUAACUUCAGCAGACAGUAUCUUUAUCUGCAGCAGAAUUUUAUACUGUUUUGCUCAGUGGUACUUUGAUGAUGCACAUUAGCUUUUGCCUGCCUGCAGGUACUGUUUAACGUAAGCCUUUAAAGCUUUAGUAAAGAUGGAAUUUCAGAAGUAUUUAAAAUAUUAUGUACAGUCGCUUCCUGUGGUCACCUUGAAUAAUGCAUAAAAUAAGUUAAUGAUUUUGCUAAGUAAGCUAAGCUUCAGUUCACUCUAAUCUUCCAGGGCUUCUCAGUUCUCAGUGUGAGAAUGAACCUGGCAAUGUGGCACCGUUUUGUAGUCCUGAUUGUAUGUACCUAUUGUCUUGAAGAAUUUUAAUGUUCAUAUUGGAGAAAUAAUUUGAUUUACUUAUGUGGUGUCUGACCAUUCAACGAUUCAGCGAAACUAUCUUCUUUACACUGACCAAGAGGAUUCAGGCCAAUGUUAAGUGGCCAUAUGGGUUUCUUAUAUUUUAGGAUGGGGAUAGACAUUGUAGCAGAUAUGUGGCUGCCACUGAAAACAGCCUUCUUGUGUCUUGUUUUCUCUUUUUCCCACACUGAAACUCUAGCCAGGCAUUCAGUUUUAAAACACUGUAGACAGAACUACAGUACUAAGCUUCUGACCAGUGCUCCAAACUCUGUAAAACACACUAGACUGAAUGCACUUGACACUGCUCCAUCUGACUUGGAGCUUGGCCUUCCUAAAUUUCCGAUCUCAUGGAGCACUGCAACCGAGUGGGUCAGUUGUACUGUCAGAGCAGAACGUUCUUGUCAGUAUGGGAAGGUGAAGAGUGGAAACGGGGAGGCCAAAGCAUAUGUCCCCAGCUCCCUACAGCAAGGAUGAGCAAUUGUGGGAGGCUAGAGGGCUGCAUUGCCACUCUAGGAGACCUUGUGGGGAGGUUGCAUCACCCCACUGCAAAACACCAAACCAUUUUCUGCCCUCAGAAACCCACAAGUGCCCGGCUCUAAGGGAUGGGGGGGGGGAUUUUUGCCCUGUUUUCAGACACAUACUCCUUACCAUUUUAGGUCAGGAGAGGCCUUUUUUCAAAACAGGAAGUGACUGAAAAUCACUUUUGGGUUAUUUCCAGUUUUAAAAGGGCCUUUUCUGAGGCUAAAAUGGCCCCCCCAAGGAGGGCCAAAAUAUACAAAGAUGUCCUUCUACCUCUGGAGGGCAUUUUGAUCCCUGGGGCUACAAAAAUGGCUCUGGGGGCCACACAUUGUCUACCCCUGCUCUACAUGGUUGUACAACUGAAUAAGGUACUGGCAUUUGCUCAGUGUGUGACAUGACCAUUCCUGGAGAAGUUCUCUUCAGGUCAUUCAGUGUCAGCAGGCUUUGAAAGUAUCCCUAGAUAUUAUAGCAGGGGUCAUCAGCACCUAUCAACCAUGAACACUGGAAUUAUAUGAAUUGCAAUCUAAUAAAAUCUGGAGGAUCACCAAGUUGCUCAGGCCUGUAUUUUCAGAUGGCAGCAUAAGGAUAUUUUUGUUUGUUUGUUUGCAAAGAACAAUGGUGUUUUUUCUAUUGCAAAGUCUUGUUUACAUUUUCCGUGAGUUAUUAGGCCUGGACUGUUCUAAGCACUUGUCUUAAAGGAGAAUUUUUAGAGUGUUCAACUUGUUAACCUUGAAACUGUUUUUUUCCCCCUCCUGGAAGCAAGAUUACAUUCACUUGGUUGAAACAUGACUCAUUAAUAUAUUUUUUAAAACAACAACCCCAUAUCUGAUUUUUAUUUAUUGCAAAACUAAUAUCUAACUGUAAAAAUAAUAAUGUUCAUCAUGCUCUAAAAUAUGCUGCUCUUGGCUGGUUGGGUGUGUCAAGCUUUAACUCUGUGUACUCUGGUGCCACCAAUCGGGUAAAGAAGGAAGUGAUGCUUUUGAGGCAAGAAGAAACCUUUAUGCAAAGAACUGUAUGUAAUCAAAUGCUGAAAAUAUACAAUGCUAUUUGUAUACAGUUUUUAAAAACUCAGAAGUCCAUUAAAACUACUUAUGUGCUCAGAUGAGCACAUAUUGAAUUGCAAAAUGGAGACGCAUGUGGCUUUUUGUUUUCCUAUUUUAAAGGUUUUGGAGGAUUUGAUUGGAGAGUUUUUCUUUUGCCAUAUGGAAAGCUUAACUCCCCUCCUAUCUCCCUUUAAAGCCAAUAUAUUUGAAUUUGAUACCUGAUAUAUUCAGUCCUCAGAAUCUCCAUAUAGGGUUGAGAAAGACCCUUGGAUGAAGCCAAGGGGAGCUGCUGCUGGCCUAAAUAAAAAAUAGUGGGAUAGAUAGUCCAGUAGCCUGAUUCAAUUACAGUGUAGAUUCCUGUAUUACUGUGCCUCCGAAAACAAACAAACAAAUCGUGAGUCACAGGUAGAGAAUCUCUCGUCCUCCAGAUGCUAAACUCCAGCUAUCACUCAGUUCCGUCGGUGAUGUGGAAAGCUAUAAUUCAAAAACAUCUGUGCGGCCAGAGGUUUUCCCAUCCCAAUUUACUUGAUUUUUAAAA